CGAUUGCCUGAUUGCCAUCAAAACCUUUAUUGGUUAUUCUUUAUUAUGAUGCUUGCUACAAUUUGUUUUACAUUAGUCAAUAUCUUGACGAAAUAGUAUAUAUCUAAAGUUGCUCUUAAUCUCUGAUGCAAAAAUUGGUCGAGUGGUGACGAGAAAAAGAAAUUUGGUAUGUAUGUCAACGACAUAAAUAAUCAACAUACAUCUAGAGGUCACCAUUAUCAUCAUCAACACUAUACAUGUGUCAUUAAUGUAAACACAAAUGGUGGGCACAUGGAACACAGAUAUGUGCAACAUCUGGAAUCAAGAAAUUAUAUUGUACAUUUAUUCUGCCUUUCUUGCUGGUGUAGGAGUUUCUAUUGAGCUAUGUAUGACACUAGGCUCAACAGCGGAAUUAAACUGUCCAUUCAAGAAAACCACGGAUGCUAUAAUAUGGCGAGGGCCGCAACAACUCUCUACCUAUGCCAUUAACAACAAAGUUAACAUUGACAUCCCUCAUUCAAGAAGAAUAAAGAUAUCUGGCAAUUUUACAGCUGGUGAAUACAUUUUAAAGCUAAAUAACUUCACGAAAGAUGACGAAGGAACAUAUCAAUGUGAUACCAUUAACAACGAGAAGGCAGUGAAGUUCAAGAUUGUGAUGAAAAUAGCAGAUACUUAUGUAGAUGGUUUUUCAUCAGUUUAACAACACACCACAGAAUGUAAACUACGUAUUUUUAUGUUUCCGUGUGAUAGAUAUAUUCCCUAGCGAGUACUCGAGUACCGCUCGAUGAACCAACAAGCACUCAAUGAGUAAUUGUUCACCGAGUUGACAUUGCUUGUUUAAAGCGUCAUUUACAUUAACACCGAAAAAUGCUCACCAAUUUGGGUUAUAUGGCGUAAAGAUUAUCAAUGUGACUGGAUAUGUCGUCAUCAAAAUUCAACUUUUAAUGCAAUGCUUAUCUUUAAAUAGAAAAUAUCAAUGAUAUAAAAUGCAGUUAUUUUACUGCAAUCAACAUUUCUCAUGUUUUAUAUGUAUCCUUAUAUUACAACUCCUCAACAAGAAUGUCUUUCUACUUCUAAUCUAACCACCACCAUUCAAAUUAAAAUUUGAUUGAUGUGAUAAUGACACUGAGUUAUCAAUACAUCUAUAAAGCAUUUGUAUGACCAAUAAUCCCUCAUACAGUGCAAACUCACACUGCAC